AUCUCCUGAAAUCUUCAGCUCGUUAGCCAUCGUACGUGUCUGUAGGGCAUAAGCGUGGUCCUGGUGUGUCCUGGAACGUGGUCAAACAGGAGAAUUGUUUGAACGUGCAAUGGAGGAAAGUGACAAUAAAUAUGGUCCAGAUGCAGUCGAUUUGAAAGAUAUAUAGUGAGGACGCGAGUUUUUUUGACAGUGGAAAAACAAUAAUUGCAAGGAUUGGACGAGAUAGAGACGCGUCCCCGGAGCAGUGAAACUGUUGUUUAGAUUGUUUGACGUAAAGUUUCCGAGUGAUUUGUCCUGAGAAUAUCGUGCUGGGCACUGUGUGUUGUGUAAGUUGAAGUAUCCACUUGAAAAGUCGGUGUGCGGCGCAAGGGACGAUUGUUUGCAUUGGAUCCUAUCAGACAAUUUUACUGCUGACCGAAAACAAAAGAGAAAUAAUUCCAGUGUGCAACUUACGGUGAAACUGGCUCCAAUUACAAACACAAUGAUCUAAGCUCCCGAAACUGCCCUGACAAUAGCAAAAACAUGUAAUUACCAGGACACUUAAAUAACCGACAACACGACGCGACAUCAUCAUUCUGAACCGGGUCAUUAUUCGGAUAAUCCCACGACUCAUCAACUCUCCGUGUAAGCACCCUCCUCAGCGUUAUCGGGGAGAGGCAACUACAAGGAGGCGGACAAGACGCUGGUAACGUCCGUGCGACCAUAACCAUUCCAAAAAAAAUUAGAUUCGAAAUAAUGAAAUAAUGGGCAGCCACCAUCGUGACGACGCGGCCAUUAGCUCAGAGCAGGAGGAUCUAGUGGGGAGCUCGUCCUCGGAGCUGGAUGAUGGCGGCGACGAUGACGAUGGCAUUUCCGACACGGACGGGAUGCAAUUCAAUUUAUGCAAAACAUCCAAGAAUGGUACCUCAUUGUCCUUGGCUGACACAGCCAUUAACGACUGGACAAACAUGACAUCAUCGACCCAGGACUACCAGAGUGCAUAUCAGCAGCAACAGCAUCAAUUGCAACACAUUCGCAGAUGCAAACGGACUCUGAUGUGGCUUAUCUUGCUCGGUUUCGGAUUGUUGGUCACAUCCUUCAGCCUCUUCAUCGUGCUGCCGCUGUACCAGAAACAACUGGAAGUCGGACGCCGGGGAAACAAUGCAUACGGGUCGAUACUAUUCACCUUGCCUAUUGUUACGCUUAUCCUUGUCGUAGUUGCAUCGCUUUUCGGAUGGAUUUUCAAGUGGAACGUACAAAUUUAUAAUUUUCCUAUGCCAGUGAAAAGGUUACUUACCAUUUCUUCGUGUUGCGGGGUAGCUGGCGGGCUGUGUGUUGUAAGUUCAUUUAAACGAGUUCCUUGCCACCUUCAGGAUCCAUUAAAAGGUGCAGCACUAGUCUAUGCACUCAUAUUCUACUUCCUAUUCUGCAAAAGAGUAAUGGGACUGCAGAAAAUCUUCUCAGCGACUACAGCCAUUGUAGGACUUUUUAUAUCGGUCGAUUAUGGAUUGUGUGACGAGUUCCGAUGCUAUGGAAAUGAUAUGUCGGAUACCGUGGCCAAGUCACAAAACGUUGGAUGGCAAGGAAACGCAUUCUGGACGCUUGUCUAUGUUACAGGGAUUACUUUGUGGACGCUGCAUUUGUCGUUGUUGGAAGGGAACUUGGUAUUGUCGUCGACUACACCGGUUCAACCUCCGAACAAUCUUCUCACAACGAUAUCUCGUCUCGUCUCGAACUCUGAUCAACAAAUGGAAGACCAUCUCAUCCCACGACCCCUCACCCCCAAACAGCGUCCAAAGCCAUCACAUCUUGCCGCCUGGCUCCACAUGGUAGUGUUGCUUGUAAUGUUCAUUACAGGAAGCAUAGACAUGAUUCCCAACACAGGACCGGUGAAGUCCUUCGCACAGCACUGGGUCGAUACAGGGAGCACAUUAAUGUGCCAUUUGGGAAUAGAACCCAUCGCGCCCGGAUCUCUUGUUCACAAGCAACAGCACGACCAGCAGCAGAAGCACCAACAACCCCACGAAGUGCUAGAGUUCCUCUCGAACCUAACACCUGGCAGCCUAAAGUAUAAUGAAACCGUCCAAAAUUUACAUCGUUCGAAAAGGUGCCUGAACUGCGGUCACACGAAGAACUUCCACAGGCGCAUCGGGCAUCAUGUCCUUCAGCAGACCAUGUAUCACCAAGGGCAUUUCAAUCGAACGGAUUGGCAUCAUAACAUGCCGAAACACAACUCCUCGUCGUCCGCAGCGUCCCAUCCGGGGAGCGAGGCGUCACAGCAGUACUUCAAUUGUCAUGGGGUUAGCUCCUAUGCUUGGCUCCUUAUCUUCAUCUACAUUACCUUCGCUUUAUGUGUCUUGCAUUUUUUGGAUGUGUCCGAAUCAGCCGUUUUCACAGUAGCCAUCGUUACAGCCUCGCUACCUCUGGUUGAAUUGUUCUGGUCAACAUUUCGAUUGAGUGUUGAGAAAGGAACAGCAUCCAUUGUCUGGGCUCCUACUGUAUCUGGUGAGCUAAUCUGUUCAUUACUCGGAACACCAAUUGUAUUUUUAGGCCUUCUACUACUCUACCGCGCACACUUUACCGAGCUUAUUCGACCCACGAAAAUUCAUACAGUUCAGUCAACGAAUCCUUAUCGGAAUCUCCAGGAUGCAUGAGAUACAACCAAGAUUUGAGAAAAUUUCAUCAAUGACUUAGUCCUGAAGUAACCCCCUGGUAUGAAUAUGUAAAUUACGUGCCUAUCAACCAAACUGAGCCGACAGUCAUCAGUGAUGUUUCAGCACUCAACUUCCAAACAUCCUUCUUACAUGUAAGGAUAUCUCCAGCUUCAGCAUCAACGAUGUAGGCAUACCUGAGUAUAUUGGGAAUACUGUCAAAGACAUGAAAUCGGACUGGUGGUCGGCUGGUUUGACUUAUAGGCCUUCAAAUUACAAAUAGGACUUAGAGAAAGAGAAAGAAACCGUGGCAAGUCUUUCAAAAUGAACAAUAAAACGCAAACAGUAAACAAAUAGUUAAAGAAAAUAAUUUAGCAACCGAAAGACUUUUAAUGAAUAACAGCAAAUUUAGUUGGCGACUUUUAUAUAUUGUACACAUUCUAAAAAUAGCGAAAAUUCAUAAAUAAAACUAAAACUGUUUCCGAGCAGUUAAACUAUAGACAGAAUCAAAAUGAACAAAGUAAAUAAUUUUAUAUGGAAACAUUAGAGAGAAAAAAAUAAAAUAUUAUGUGUCUUAUUAUAUAACAUGGUAACAAGAAACAACAAACAUGUAUAUUUUUAACUUUGCGUCCUUACCAGAUAAAUGUUACAUGUAGCUCUUAGUUAUAUUCUCAAUUAUAGUAGUAUGAACUUAAAAUGUGAACAAGGACACAGUAAAUCGUUAGUACUAGGUAAUACCCUUGAAACUGAACGAACAUUAAUCCUAUUACAUCCACCAAACAAUUCUUAUAAUCAUUUAGUUUCUCUUUUUAUGUGACGAGUGCAUUGUACUACUAUGAUACUACUACUACUACAAGAGUAUUCACGAUGUUUGCUGGAUCUCAUCUGAAAUCGACUAAAACCAACCCGACCAUGUUAUCCGAUUCUCCUCCUCUUACUACGUAUCUGGUCCUAGUAUCAUCUUUUCCUUUAGCCUUUGUCCUGUUGGCAGCGGGGUUAACUUCUUCUUUUUCUCCAGCCUUUGUCCCGUUCAUAAGCGGGGUGGGCUCGUCGUGAUCGGUU